CAGUUCGUGUGUUGCCUAUCAACCGCUCAGACACCGGCCCGACCCAUCAUACAGCCAUGCUAGGGCUUGUUUAGUGUCAGCUCCAGGGGACUUACCAACUGGAUGAUGUAUCCACCAAUGGAGUAAUCGCUGUUUUAUUAAACAUCGCAGACAAACUCUGAAAAAUAGUCGGGAUCGAAAUUCGAAGAUUUAUUUUUGUUGUUUAGGACAUUACAGCAGUAGCUAGCUGAGAGCUACUUAGGCUUUGACCACUGCGGCUAGGUGCUGUAUAAGGAUGCAGGAGUACUAAGGAUGCUGAUGGUCUUUGCAGUGCUCACGAUGGCUGCGAUAGGAGGAGCGGAGCUCCCCCGUCCCAACACUACCAGCGAUCCUGAACGCAAGGACUGGUGCUACAAGGGCCGGAUCCCCAGUACGGUACUCCAGGGUCUGCCCUUUGGAGGAGUGCCCACUGUACUCGCUCUCGACUUCAUGUGCUUCCUGGUGCUGCUUUCUGUAUUCUCAGUGUUAAGGAAGGUGGCAUGGGAUUAUGGCCGUCUCGCAUUGGUUUCUGAUGCUGACAGUAGGCGGAGGCAGCUGUACCAGCGUCUGGAUGAGCAUGAAUAUGUUGCUUCUGCCACGCAGACUCCCGCUGACUCUCGAUACGAGCGUCUCACCUCCGUAUCCAGCUCGGUCGACUUUGACCAAAGAGACAACGGCUUUUGUUCCUGGCUGACCGCAAUCUUCAGGAUAAAAGAUGAUGAGAUUAGGGAGAAGUGUGGAGAGGACUCAGUCCACUACCUCUCGUUCCAGCGGCACAUCAUUGGUCUGUUGGUGGUUGUGGGCGUCCUCUCCGUGGGUAUUGUCCUGCCCGUUAACUUCUCAGGAGAUUUAUUAGAACAUAAUGCCUACAGUUUUGGGCGAACUACAAUAGCCAACUUAAAGUCUGAAACUAAACUUUUUUGGCUGCACACUAUAUUUGCCUUCUUCUAUCUAUUAAUGACUGUGUUCAGCAUGAGAAGACACACAUCAAAGAUGCACUACAAAGAGGACGACCUGGUGAAGCGCACUUUAUUUAUAACCGGGAUUGUGAAGUAUGCAGAUGAGAGUCAAAUCAAGCAACAUUUUGAGCAGGCGUAUGAAAACUGUGUCGUUUUGGAUGCACGCAUUUGUUACGACGUUGCCAAGCUCAUGUCCCUGGAGGCUGAAAGGAAAAAAGCCGAACGCAGCAAAAAGUUCUACACGGACCUGAUGGCCAGAGAGCACGUGCCCACUAUGAUCAACCCUAAACCCUGCGGUCACCUCUGCUGCUGCAUCAUCAAAGGCUGCGAGCAGGAAGAGGCUGUGAACUACUACACUAAACUAGAGUCCAAACUAAAGGAUGAAUACAGAAAAGAGAGAGAAAAGGUCAACACUAAACCGCUGGGCAUGGCUUUCGUAACCUUCCAGAAUGAGGCCAUGACAGCACUCAUCCUGAAGGACUUUAAUGCGUGCAAAUGUCACGGCUGUCACUGUCGGCGCGAGCCAAAGUCGUCUCCUUUCAGCUGUAUCUUAAACACUUAUAACUGGACAGUCACAUACGCUCCAGAUCCACAGAACGUCUACUGGGAGCAUCUGUCUAUUGCCGGCUUGAACUGGUGGGUUCGCUGCUUUGUCAUCAACUGCUUUCUCUUCCUCCUCCUCUUCUUCCUCACCACCCCGGCCAUCAUCAUCUCCACCAUGGACAAGUUCAAUGUCACCAAACCAGUGGAGUAUCUGAAUAACCCGAUCAUCACCCAGUUCUUCCCCACGUUGCUGUUGUGGUGCUUUUCGGCGCUUCUCCCAACCAUCGUCUACUACUCCGCCUUCUUCGAAGCUCACUGGACACGGUCUGGAGAAAACAGAACCACGAUGCACAAAUGCUACACCUUCCUCAUCUUCAUGGUUCUUCUGUUACCAUCUCUGGGACUCAGCAGUCUUGAUCUUUUCUUUCGCUGGCUUUUUGACAAGAAAUUCCUGGAUGAGGCAAGAAUACGAUUUGAGUGCGUGUUUUUGCCGGAUAAUGGAGCUUUCUUUGUGAACUAUGUUAUUGCGUCUGCAUUUAUCGGUAACGCCAUGGACCUGUUACGAAUUCCUUAUUUCCUGAUGUACAUGAUCCGUCUGUGCCUGGCGCGCUCGGCUGCCGAGAGACGCAACGUUAAAAAGCAUCAAGCCUAUGAGUUCCAGUUUGGUGCCGCUUAUGCCUGGAUGAUGAAUGUUUUCACUGUGGUCAUGACCUACAGCAUCACCUGCCCCAUUAUUGUGCCAUUUGGUCUUAUGUACAUGCUACUGAAGCACUUGGUGGACAGGUAUAACAUGUAUUAUGCGUACCUGCCUGCUAAACUGGAUAAGAAAAUCCACUCCGGAGCUGUGAACCAGGUGGUGGCCGCGCCCAUCCUCUGCCUGUUCUGGUUGCUCUUCUUUUCUACUUUCCGUGCAGGUUUUUCUGCUCCGACAUCAGUGUUCACCUUCGUAGUUCUGGUCAUCACCAUCAUCAUUUGCCUUUCUCACGUCGUCUUCGGUCACUUCAAAUACCUCAGUGCUCACAAUUACAAGAUUGAUUUGGACGGCGUGGACAAUGGGCGCCCCCCAGACUCAUCUCCACCUGUCAAGUCUGCACAGACGUACGUCGCCCAAGUGCUGCAAGAUCCAAACUCGGACGAGACGGGCAGCGACGAGGGGCAGGGCUCCUCGCAGGACGAGGAAGCGGGAAACGAGGUCUACUUCCAGUCAGGAGAAGACAGCCUUCUUGAGAACGAGGUGCGCCAGUGACCCGGGGCGCACCGUGUGCCGAACGUGGUGAAGCGAGCUGGUCUCCAAGCCCACCGAACAGAGAUCCAUAACAUCUCUCUGUGCUGAAUGUGUGUGUGUGUUUGUGUGUGUGUAAGUGUGAAUCCAUCACAGCUGAUACACUCCUAUAUCGAUGGGGCUUGGGGGCAGGAUGGCCAUUUCUCCAGAAUGUGGAGUGACUCUGGAAAUAUGACUUUCAGUCACGCAAUCCGUCACAUUCUCAUCAUCUCUAUCAGAAAUUGGUUUGUCAGUUUCAUAACGCUUAAUAAUGGUACCGUUACAAGCUCUCAAUGUCUAAUAAGUAAGCUAAAAAAUGAAUGAUUACUGAGAAUUUACACUUUAUUGGUUUAAAUAUGUCUAUGUUGUGAUGAACUAAAAACUAUUAAUAGUGCUAUUUUAGAUGGGCUUCAGUUAAGCACCAAAAUUCGGUAUUAAUUCAUUUAUAGUUGGUCAUAAACAAUAUUAUACAAACAUAUUUGACCAAUCUGAAUCGUCCAAACCAUUUAAAUGAUGUUGUAAGUAUUCUUUCGAGUUUUGAGUAAGGAACACCGUUUACUUUGGCCCAUCUGAAGUUUCACUAUAGCGCAAUAUAUUUAGGAUGAACAAAUUUAUGCAACUUUCCGUGCAUCUCCACUAAAGUGACUGUACGCGACAUGAAGGUCAUCUCAAGUUCCCCUUCGUGUCAGUAAAUGUUAAAUAACACUGAAAACUCGCUCCAGCCUGCUGACGAAACGAAUCACGUAGAAAGCCGUAAACAUAGACAUCUCGCUGUUAAAAGCACUCCAUCUUACACUGGCCAAACCGCAAGAUCAACCGCUUCUGAACUCUUCUGCGCCUUCAGUGUUGAGAAAUGUAAACCUCUGCAUUAGUGCUGCAUUGUUGCGUUGCGUGUUAGAUAUGCCUCUACUUUCUCAAUCAGGCAUCAUACGGUCCGGUUCGAAAUGUGUUACUUUACUAUGGGAUGCUUUAUAGAUGGUGAUACUGUAGCAAAAUGCAUAGCAAAUUAUUUUUUUUGACAUGGGUGGGAGUAUGUUUUUCUUUUUUAUGCAUGGACAAUAAAUAACAGCCUUUUCUAAUCAGGAGUUUUAUUUUAUUAACACUAACAACCGUAUUUGAUCACGUAACGCAUUUUACUUUAUAGAAACACAAAUGUAAAAUGUGCAUGACUAGAUUCAAAUCUCUUAACAUCCUUAAAACUGGAAUGAGAUAUUGUUUAUUUGAAUGAUAACCUGUGUGCGUUUACUCUCUUUUCACUAGCUCUUCAACUGUUCGCAGUUUAAUUGAGUUUAACAGGGUUUAUGCUUCAUUUAUUUUAGGGGUUGAAACAGACAAAAAUAAUGCAAAACAUGCACAUCGACCCAAACGUAACUGUUAAUGGAGAGUUUUUUAUUUCAUUUUUGUUUGCACUAAAUGUCCUUUUACUGUGAAAACAAUGUUUCUUUCUACACUGCAAAAAAUGAUUUUCAAGAAAAAAAUUCUUAGUAUUUUUGUCUUGUUUUCAGUAAAAAUAUCUACAAAUACUUAAAUUAAGAUGCUUUUUCUUGAUGAGCAAAACGACACAAAAAAUAAGUCUAGUUUUUAGACCAAAAAUAUCAAAUUUAAGUGAUUUUGUGUAUAAAACAAAAAAAAACAAAUUUUUCUUGAAUUUAGUGUUUAAGAAAAAUGUUCAAGAUUUUUUUUUGCUUACCCCAUUGGCAGAUUUUUUUUUGCUUGUUUUAUGCACAAAAUCACUUAAAUUUGAUAUUUUUGGUCUAAAAACCAGACUUAUUUUCUUGGGUCGUUUUGCUCAUCAAGAAAAGGCAUCUUAAUUUAUGAAUUUUUUGAUAUUUUUACUGAAAACAAGACAAAAAAACACUAAGAAUUUUUUUCUUGGAAAUCAUUUUUUGCAGUGUAAAUACCUUUUAAAGGGAUAGUUCACCCAAUAGUCCAUCAUUGACUUCCAUAGUAGGAAAUUCCAUGGUUACAAUCAGCUGUGUGCUUACCAUCAUUUAUCAAAAUAUCUUCUUUUGUGUUCAUCAGAAAAAAGAAAUUCAUACAAUGCAAAAAAUGAUUUUCAAGAAAAAAAAUCUUUGUAGUUUUGUCUUGUUUUCAGUAAAAAUAUCUAAAAAUUCUUAAAUUAAGAUGCUUUUUCUUGAUGAGCAAAACGACAGAUAAAUAAGUCUAGUUUUUAGACCAAAAAUGUCAAAUUUAAGUGAUUUUGUGCAUAAAACAAGCAAAAAAAACUGCCAAUGGGGUAAGCAAAUUUUUCUUGAAUUUAGUGUUUAAGAAAAAUGUUCAAGAUUUUUUUGCUUACCCCAUUAGCAGAUUUUUUUGCUUGUUUUAUACACAAAAUCACUUAAAUUUAAUAUUUUUGUUCUAUAAACUAGACUUAUUUUCUUGGGAUAUAAAAGAGAAAAAUCAUUUUAAUUUGAGAAUUUUAAGAUAUUUUUACUGAAAACAAAAGACAAAAAUACUAAGAAUUUUUUUUUCUUGAAAAUCAUUUUUUGAAGUGAACAGGUUUAGAACAACAUGAGGAUGAGAAAAUGAUGACAGAAUUUUUAUUUUUGGGUGAACUAUCCCUUUAAAUAAUUUUUGCAUUAAAUGAAGAAAUGUCUCGUAUUUUUUUUUUUUUUUUUGAGACAGUUUGAUUUCUAAAAAAGCCCAACAUUAAUUCCCAUUACCUUUUCUUUUGUCUGGACAGUUUUUUUUUAAAGCAUGAAGUAUAUUCAGUACAGCAAAUAGUACCAUUAAAGUAUACAUGUUAUUUUUGGGGUGAAUGGGACCUGGAUGUGUUGUUGACUGGUUUGUGAAGUUCGCUCUUUUAGGAAAAGUUUGUUUGGGAAACUAAAUGCAUACUGCAAGCAGACGAAGGCCGUGCCUGUUCACUAAUUAUAAAAUCAUUGUAUUUCCCCGUCCCCCGAUGGUUUUUGCUAGCAGCUCUUGUGUGUAGUUCUCAUGUUAUCAUUUAUUGUUUACAGGGAUAGCAAUGCAGUGUUGAAACUGUCAUUUUCUGCAACAAAUGUUGACUUGAAACUGUCAGGUGUAUGUAACCUGUUGUCAGCUUGUAAACUGACAUUGGGAAGCAAGCAAAUAGGUGAUAUUUCUAAAAAAAAAAAAUUAUUAAUUUAUGUAAAUCGCACUACUGGAUUGAUCACUGAGAAGCUUUUUAAUUUUAAAUGCAAUGAACAUUGUAGGCUAUGCACUUUCAUGUGAAACUGUAACAUUGUCUUGGUGUAUGUAAAACUAUAAAGCCAUUUUGUCAUUCA